AUGUCAGCUGUACCGAAAAAACCUGAGUCAGCUAAAGACAGACGAAAACAAAUUAGUAUACGUGGAUUACCAUUAUUAGAAAAUGUAGCAGCAGUAAAAAAAACGUUUAAUCGUCAUUUACAUUUUACAAUUGUCAAAGACCGAAAUGUAGCGACAAAUCGAGAUUAUUUUUCUUCAGUUGCACACACUGUUCGAGAUCAUCUUGUUGGAAGAUGGAUUCGAACACAACAACACUAUUAUGAUACAGAUCCUAAACGUGUAUAUUACUUGAGUUUAGAAUAUUAUAUUGGUAGAAGUCUAUCAAAUACAAUGAUUAAUCUUGGAAUCGAGAGCGAAAUGGAUGAAGCUCUCUAUGAGUUAGGUUUAUCUAUAGAAGAACUGGAAGAAUUUGAAGAAGAUGCUGGUUUGGGCAACGGUGGUUUGGGACGUUUGGCAGCAUGUUUUCUCGACUCAAUGGCUACUUUGGGACUCGCUGCAUAUGGUUAUGGCCUUCGCUACGAAUAUGGUAUAUUUCAACAAACAAUCAAGGAUGGUUUUCAGUGUGAAGAGCCAGAUGAUUGGUUACGUUAUGGAAACCCGUGGGAGAUUCCAAGACCAGAAUAUCAAAUUCCUGUUAAUUUAUAUGGUCGUGUAAUUGAAGAAGAUGGACUCAAGAAAUGGAUUGAUACACAUAUUAUUAUGGCGAUGCCUUAUGAUACUCCAGUUCCUGGUUACAACAACAAUGUUGUCAAUACACUGAGAUUAUGGUCGGCUAAAGCUACGAAAAAAUUCAAUUUUCAAUUUUUUAAUGAUGGUGAUUAUAUGAAUGCAGUGAGCGAACAAAGUUUGGCUGAAAAUAUAACCAGAGUAUUAUAUCCAAAUGACAAUUAUCAAGAAGGAAAAGAAUUACGAUUGAAACAAGAAUAUUUCCUUGUAGCUGCAACACUCUGCGACAUUAUUCGACGUUUUAAACACUCAAAAUUUGGUGUACAAGAUUCGACCCGAACAAGUUUUGAUACAUUUCCAGACAAGGUCGCUAUUCAACUGAACGAUACUCAUCCAGCAUUAACAAUAGCUGAAUUAAUGCGCUUAUUUCUGGAUGUUGAGAUGUUGUCAUGGGAUGUAGCCUGGGAUAUCACAACACGCACAUGUGCUUAUACAAAUCAUACUCUAAUGCCGGAAGCUGUUGAACGAUUACCAGUUUCAAUGUUAGAAAAAUUGUUGCCAAGGCAUUUACAAAUUAUUUAUGAAAUUAACUAUCGUCAUUUACAAGAAGUAUCUAAACGAUAUCCUGAUGAUUUUGAUCGUCAACGAACUUUGUCAAUUGUUGAAGAAGGUGGUGAUAAACGUAUUAAUAUGGCUUAUUUAGCAAUAGUUGGAUCUCAUGUUGUAAAUGGUGUGGCUAAAAUUCAUUCAGAACUUCUUAAGACAACUUUGUUUAAAGCAUUCUAUGAGUUAACACCCAAUAAAUUUCAAAAUAAAACAAACGGUAUAACGCCUCGACGUUGGCUGGUGCUUAGUAAUCCAAAUCUGUCUGAUGCAAUUGCUGAGAAAAUCAAUGAAGACUGGAUAACAAAUCUCGACGAAUUAAAAAAACUUCGUGAGUUUGUUAAUAAUGAAGCAUUUGUCAGAGAUAUUCAACGUGUUAAACAAGAAAAUAAACAUCGUCUAGCUGAAUGGUUAGAAAAAGUAUAUCAUGUUCAAAUAAAUCCACUAUCAAUAUUUGACAUGCAAGUAAAACGUAUUCAUGAAUAUAAACGGCAAUUAUUGAAUGUUUUACACAUAAUUACAAUGUUUAAUCGUAUCAGACAAAAUCCUCAAGGCAAUUAUGUACCACGAACAGUGAUGAUUGGUGGAAAAGCUGCACCUGGGUAUCAUAUGGCGAAAAAAAUUGUCAAAUUAGUUAAUAAUGUAGGAAAAAUAAUUAACAAUGACCCAAUUAUGGCUAAUCGAUUGAAAGUGAUAUUUCUUGAGAAUUAUCGUGUUACAAUGGCCGAACAAAUCAUACCAGCUGCUGAUUUAUCCGAACAAAUUUCGUUAGCUGGAAUGGAAGCUAGUGGAACAUCGAAUAUGAAAUUCAUGUUAAAUGGCGCUUUAACAAUUUGCACGUUGGAUGGUGCUAAUGUUGAAAUGGCUGAAGAAGUGGGAAAUGAUAAUAUUUUCAUAUUUGGUAUGACCGUUGACGAUGUCGAAAAACUAAAACGAGAAGGUUAUUGUGGUCGUAAUUAUUAUGAAAAAAAUGCCGAAUUAAAACAAGCAAUUGAUCAAAUUCAAUGUGGUUUCUUUUCACCGGAAGAUCCAGCAUUAUUUCAAGAUAUUGUUGAUAGUUUACUAAGAAAUGAUGGAGAUCAUUAUAUGUUACUGGCCGAUUACGAAGCGUAUAUUGCAUGUCAGGAACGCGUAAACGAACUAUAUAAGGAUCCACAUGCUUGGACAAAGAAGUGUAUUUUAAAUAUUGCUGCAUCAGGAAAAUUUUCUAGUGAUCGUACAAUCGCUGAUUAUGCUCGAGAAAUAUGGAAUGUUGAACCAACGUUACAAGCACUGCCACAUCCCCACGAAGGCAGACCAGGUACACAAUAUGAAGGUGAACAUAUUAAUGAAAGACAUCAACAUCAACAUCACAAUCAACAUCAAGAAAAAUAA